AAAAAAAUUACCAUUGAACAAAAAGAUGUUGGAGUCAAAUAUGAACGUUAAGAUUCUUAUGAAAUCCUCUAAACUGAUCUUGGUAUGCAGAGAAAUGCUGUUCCAGUUGUUUUUGAUGCUGUUAAGGAUAGCAUCUAGUGAGUCUUGAAAAAGGAAUAAAACCAUUCCGAAAGCUAGACAAAAAGUCAAAAGAGUGUUUCUUUAACAUCCUGGCCAACCUUCUGACUGCAACCCUAAUAAACUAGUUGUUUGUUUAUAUCGACAGUCACUAAUAUCCAGUAUUUCUUGUAUUUACAAUAUGGGGUUUUUCGAGAACAUCCGAAGAGGAUAUGGUUCUGCUAGCGUAGAUUUCCUAAAACAAUGGGCCAACUUCAACAUCAAGCUUGCAUCACUCAACAACAGAAGGAUUUUCCUUCUGAAAUGUAGAAGAAAUCUUUGUUUUCCUGUACACAUAGAGAAUGGAAAGUUUAACGUCAAUAACUUGUUACAUCAUAAAGGAGGUAAAUUAGGUAGUAAAAUUCAAAACUUUAAUUCAAAUUUAAAAACCAAAAUCUUAAACUUAGAAAUUUCAGUAACAAUAAGUGAUAUCACGUACAUAGAAAAGAAUUUACAUCAAUUAAAAAAUAUAUUAGAGCAACAUUUACCUGCUCCUUUACUACAAGAAUUUUAUAGAAGACAAAAAAUUAAAUACAAUAAAGUAUUUUUCCAAAUUAGAAAUAAUAACAUCAAAAAAUUUAACAAAAUAAAAAUAGAUCAAUUUUCAAAAAUAACGUUCCAAGAAAAAUGGUUUAAAAAUCUAACUGACAUCACUUUUCCUUACAAUGUCAAAAAACUUUUGUCUUUGGGUCCAAAAUUUUGCCUAUUUCCUAGCGCUAAAGAUUUCAAAAUGUCUUCUCUUCUCUCAGAUAUUGAAUUUCUAAUUUCUGGUCUAGAACUCCAGGAGAAGGACAUCAUGAGAUCUCAAAGCACUAAUGUUAUCACUAACUUUCUACACAAAACAAGUAAAGAAGGGCAUUUUUUGAACAAUAUAUACAAUGAGUGCAAACAAUUUUUAAAAUCACAUCUGGAAAUUUACAUUGUUAGGAGUGACAAGGGAAAUGUAACAGUGGCAAUGUAUAAGAAUGAUUACAUUGAAAAAAGUAAUAGUUUAUUGAAUGACAAAAAAAGUUACAUCGAACUAAGGAAUAGUCCGGUGUGCACCCUCCAACAAAAGGCGAACAAGCUGGUUUCGGAUUUAGCUUCUUCCAAAUCCAUAACAACAGAAGCUGCAAAAUCCUUGAAAAUCUAUAAUGCAGUUGCACCCAGGUUUUAUACACUUCCUAAAGUUCACAAACCCACUAUUUCAAUGAGGCCUAUUGUCUCUUCAAUUGAUGCUCCCAAUAGUAAACUUGCUAAACACCUCACAGAUAUUCUCACAAUUUCCUACAACGAAUCCAAUGAAUUCUAUAUUAGAGAUUCCUUCACGUUUAGUAACUUCAUCAACAAUGUUAAAGUUCCGAAUAAUUAUAUAUUGAUUAGUUUAGAUGUUGUGUCACUGUUUACAAACUUACCACUAGAUGCUAUCCUUAACAGCAUCAAAAACAACUGGAACAGCAUUUCUCUGCAUACCAAGAUCAGUUUAGAGGAUUUCAUAAGAAUCUUAACGUUCAUAUUUGACUCCAACAUCUUUUUGUUCAAUGGUAAUUUUUUUAAACAAAUCUUUGGCACUCCAAUGGGUAGCAAAAUAUCCCCCAUCCUAUGUAACUUUGUUUUGGAUGAACUUAUAACAACUUGUAAAGAAAAGAUACCGUUUCACAUACCUUUUAUUAAGCGAUAUGUAGAUGAUUUGAUUUUGUCGGUCCCUGAAAACAAAGUAUCUGAUGUUUUAAACACCUUCAAUGCCCAAUGUGAACACCUAAAGUUUACAGUUGAGAGGGAGGCUGAUAAUAUGAUUCCUUUUUUGGACAUGCUUAUUCAUCGUGGCAGUGAUGGCAUUCUGAGGACGGAGUGGUAUCGUAAGCCUUGUUUUAGUAACCGUUUCAUAAAUUUUCAUUCUCAACAUCCAUCUAGGAUGAAAACAAACUUGGUUUUGGCCUUAAAAAGUAGGGUUACAAACUUGUCGCACAUUGAUUUCAGGGACAAGGGACUAAAAAAGUUGAGAUCUAUACUACUAGAGAACUCAUAUCCCAUAGGGCUUUUAAAUAAACUCAUUUUCGGUUCUCCUUUUCCUUCUCAAUUUUCUGGUAAACAAAAUUUUCAUAAUAAUGAGGUCCGACAAUUGACAUUGACAGACAGCGACAACACAUCAGUAAUACCACCUAAAAUAACUUUUGGUUCCUUGCCCUACAUUCCAGUUCUGACACCUAAGCUAAUUAACAUUUUCAGAAAUGUUAAUGGCUUAAAAAUUUCAACUAGGAACGUGAAAACGGUAUCUAAGUUAUACUCAAAAACAAAGGAUCCCUUCACAAGACAAGAGUCUUCGAAUGUUGUUUAUUCCAUACCGUGUUCCAAUUGUAACAACGUAUACAUCGGGGAAACAUCUCGCAAUUUCCACACAAGAUAA